GAAAACUCCCUUCUUCCCCUUCCUUCUUCUCCUUCUCUGCAAGACAAUCCAAAAGCAGAGAGCUUGUUCUUAAGAACUCCGUCUCCACACAGAAAAUUCCGCCAAACGCGCCCUUACCCAAUUCUCCUCUUCCGCCAUAGUUCCUUCUCCUUCUUCUGUUCUUUGAUAAAGUUUCCAUCUUUCUUACUCUCUGUCUCCCUCUCUCUCUCUUGUUGGCUGAACAAAUUAAUGUUGCUACUGCCACUGUGAAAUUUCCUGUAAAAGAGAGUAAAAAUGGCUUUCCAAGACCACAUGUCCCAAGAAAUGGGGUUCCAGCCGCCGCCGCCGCCGCUCUCGGCCGCCUCCGCCGGACCUUCCUGGCUGAGCAGCGCCGUCCUCCGCCGCGGCGACUGCAGCGACAGGAGCGAGAACGACAGCAACAACAACCACCACCACCACGGCGGUGGCGGGGACGAGGAGCUGUUGGACGGCGGCGGCGGAGCGGCAGAUUGGGAGAGGGCGAAAUGCAAGGCGGAGAUACUCUCCCACCCGCUGUACGAGCAGCUGCUGGCUGCACACGUGGCGUGCCUGAGAAUUGCCACGCCGGUCGACCAGCUGCCGAGGAUCGACGCUCAGCUGGCUCAGUCGCAGGAAGUGGUGGCCAAGUACUCCGUCGUCGGAAACGGCCCCGUCGUCGACGAGAAGGAGCUCGAUCAGUUCAUGACGCAUUAUGUUCUGUUGCUCUGUUCAUUCAAAGACCAACUCCAACAACAUGUCCGAGUUCACGCCAUGGAGGCUGUCAUGGCCUGCUGGGAGCUGGAGCAAGCCCUGCAGAGCCUCACAGGUGUAUCUCCCGGAGAAGGCACAGGCGCAACGAUGUCAGAUGACGAUGAUGAUCAAGUAGACAGUGAAGCCAACUUGUACGAGGGAAGCAUGGACGCGAUGGACACCAUGGGAUUCGGUCCACUCGUCCCUACUGAAACCGAGAGGUCGUUGAUGGAGCGAGUGAGGCAGGAACUGAAGCAUGAGCUCAAACAGGGUUACAAGGAGAAGCUAUUGGACAUAAGAGAGGAGAUUCUCCGCAAAAGAAGAGCAGGGAAACUGCCUGGAGACACUACAUCAGUGUUGAAAUCUUGGUGGCAAUCACAUUCCAAGUGGCCAUAUCCAACUGAGGAAGACAAGGCGAGGCUGGUCCAAGAAACGGGGCUGCAGUUGAAGCAGAUAAACAACUGGUUCAUCAACCAGAGGAAGAGGAACUGGCACAGCAAUCCAUCUGGGUCUACUGUCAAGAGCAAAAGAAAGAAGUAAAGCUCAAACCUUUUUCCCCACCCUCUUCUAGUUAGACUUGGAUGAAUCGUAAACCAGAAGAGAAAGAGAGAAAAGAGACCUUCUUGUGCAUAUAUUGGAAAGGGGUUCCACAGCAGGAUGAUGAUCCGAUGAAAGAGUUGCAUGGCUGUGGUGGGUUUGGGAGACAGCCUUAUAGUACCUUUUUCCCCCACUUCUUUUGCUGAUAGAAGAAAGUAUCUAUUUCAAGUAUGGAAAGGCUGGUCUUAUUGUUGUUUAGUAUUAAACAUCUCUUAGGUGGCUUUAAGAACCUCACAAAAUGGUUGGAACUUGUAGUUGACAGAUGAAAACAGCUGAAGAGAAAGAGGGCUGCAGGGUAAUGAAAACAUCUAUGAUGCUGUUCUUUUUAUACUUGUAAGGUAAAUUGAGAAUGGAAGAAUUAUCAGUGAAAGUGAGAGGUUAAGUAGCUUGUCUCUCUUUUGUAGUGUCCACAGGUUUAUGUAAUAUCUUUCCUAUGGCAAAAAUAUGGAUAGUUAUUGGUUACUAUUGCUACUGCUGGAUUCUGUUAUGAAUGUGAAUGAGAGAAAAAUAGUGUGAAGAGUGGAAAAAGUGAGAGGAACAGUGGUAACUGGUAAAGAGUCUAUAAAGUCUCCUGCCCUAGAGCUUGCUAGCGGCCUUCUUGACUUUGUCCCUCAAUUGUCAAGUCAUUAGAAAAGUCUAGGUCUAGAAUUAUGAACGUAUGGGAGUGGUUGAAACUUGAU